GCUCUUUUCGGCCGACGCGCGAUGCUGCCAACCAUCGAGAUGGUCAUCUCGCUGCACAUGCACGUGCGCGGGUACCGCGUCCUCGGCAAGACCGCCGAAUUUGAGAUUGCAUGCAAGGCCAAGUGCAGCACCGCGCCGCGGCUCGAGAUGACCGCGGUCGAGUGGAGCGUCUUCAAGACCAUGGAGGAGUUCCAGCUCCUCGACACGCGCCUGCGCAACGACGCGAUCUAUGGCAGUCGCAUGGCCGACGUGACCUUUGUGCCACUGCACAAGACCAAGGUGUUUUUGGCCAAGCCACCAAGCCGUCGUUCUUGGCCAAGCGCCAAGACGCGCUCGGCAAGUACCUUCGGCAGGUGCUAAGCAUUGCCGACAUUGCCGACUUUCACUCGGCCGAUGGCUCUCAAGUGCUUGCUGACUUUGCCCUCAUUCACGCCCAUGUUGUCUUUGCGAACUCGACGCACAAGGCCAACUACCUACAGCAAAACGACGUCGCCGGCUCGGAGACGUCGAAAGCCGACGACAGCUAUGUCGUCGAGCCGCAUGUCGACAGCCACGGCGACUCGGUGCUCGACGACUUUCCUCCGCCGACCACCACCACCACCACUACCACCACCACGUCGACGACCAUCUCGGCGGGCCGCGUGUCGGCGUCCUCGGACGACAUUGCCGACGAUGACCUGACGCAGGCGCAGCAAGAAGAGUUACAAGCACUCAUUGUCCAGCGCAUCCAGGAGCACACGGACGUCGACGUGCUCAAGCAGUUUCAAAAGCAAGCCCGACGCUUUGGCCGUGCCGCCGCCGAUGCCGCGGACGCCGAAGGCCACGUCUUCUUUGCCUUUAUGGUGCGAGUCUUUGGCCGCGAUUUCUGCGCAUGGCUGGUGCCGAGCCUCGCCCAACUGCUCCCGGACCCGAUCAAGAAGCGCGCGCUCUGCAAUGCGCUGCAAGCCCACGACGAGACACCGAGUAUGGUGGUGGUUGCGCCGCCUCGACCACGGCCCGCAAGCGACGCCGUGCUCGCGACGCCGCCGCCGUUUCCGACGCGGCCACAGCGAUCGCGCCCCGCGAGCAUGAGUGGGAAAGACGUCGUCGCCAAAGUCCGCGACCUCGUCGACGGCGACGAAGAGCGCGUGAGCGAGUUCAAAGCCAUGACCAAGGAGCUCCGAACGAGCCGUCUCUCGGCGUCCGAGUACUCGGACUAUGUCGUCUCGGCGUUUGGAGCGCGCAAGUCGCAGGAGGUGCUACUGGAUGUGGCCAAUGCCAUGACCAACCCGCGCGUACACGAAGAGCUCACGACCGCGAUCGAGGUCGUCGAGCAGCAGUCGGCGCUCUCGUCGCUGCGAGCGACGAUGCGCCAGCGCCGCAACAGCCGCCGCAUGAGCCUCGAGCGCAACUCGUCGUUCAUUAGCCGCCGCUCGAAUCUGAGCAGCGUCGAGGUCGAGGAAGACGACGGCCACGAGUCGGCGGCGGAAGACGUGCCCUCGUCGCACCGCGUCUUGAAUCGGCUCAAGCACCAAGGCGCGGUCAACUUGAUGAACUUCAAGUAGUGAACGAGACUAGGAGUAUAUAAUGCACGACCCCGAUAGCGGCGUAGGAGACAAGAGAACGAUGUGGAUAUUGAC